AUUAAAAAAAUCAAAACAUACCCAAUUUCUUUCUUGUCCAAAAAAGCAUACAUAUCAUAUACACACCCAAAUGAUAUAAUCCUAAUCUCUAAAAAGGAAAAAAGAAAAAAAAAAAAAACUUUUUUUUCCUCCUUUUUUACCCUUUUUUUUUGGUGUUAUCAUAUAGUCCUAAAACAUCGUUGUACUAUUUUGUUGCUUAGUAGAUAAAUUAUUGAUCAUCCAAAAUUCAUAUAUACACUUGAUGUUGGAUAUAAAUGCAAAGCACCCAAUCAAAAAUAAACACUACUCUUUCUUUAUAAACAUUAUUAGCUAAAAAAAAUGGAUCAAUUUCAUGAUCUUAAGCAACAACAAAAUAUUCCUAAACCAAAGUUUGAUAUCAUAGACCCCUCCAUAGUUAGAGCUCAAUUCAUAUCUAAAAAAGAUGUUUCUUUCUCUUCUUACCUUCAUCAAACACAAAAUCAUCAAAACAAGUACAUUCCUCCUCAAACAGGACAAGUUAGAGCAGAGGAUUCUGAUCAAAUUAGCAUUUUUGAUGCAGCAAAGUACUUCAGUGGUCUACAUGGUGAUCAAAAAGAAGAAAAAAACUCCAAGGCAGGGCUUGAUCACCUUGCUUCGAUCCCCCCUAGGUUCUCCUCAGUAUCAUCAUCCAUCGAUGAUAAUGGGAGCAACUAUGGGGGAAGAAAUAGUAAUAGUAAUAGUAAUAAUAAUUAUAGAGCGAGGUCAUUCCAUGCAACUCCAACUGCCUCCUCGGAGGCUAGUUGGAAUAGCCAGACGGGUUUGUUAGCAAACCCGCCUGGCUCUACUGGAGUCUGUCUCACCAAAAAUUUGUCCCCUAAUAGUAGUACGACUAGUACUAGUAACGCGACACCAAGAUGGCCUAGGAUAAGCACGAAAUGGCUUAUCCCUAGACGAAAAUGCCCUUGUUCGGGGAAGAAAUCAGUUCAAGUCGAAGAAAGGAUCGAGUCCAACACACCAAGAAUGGUUGAUUUAAGGCGAAGUACUUCAUCAAAUGGUAGUUCAACAAAUUACAUAUCUUCCUCUUGGUACUCUCCUAGGCAAAAUUGUCCCAAAAAAGGCGGUACGUAUAAAUCAAAACCCUUAACACCCUCAAAUGCUAUUAUAGCCCCUGUCCAAGACCUUAAGAACAACUCGAACGGAAUCAACCACUCCAACCACCACCACCACCAACAACACAAUCACAAUCACCACCACACGAACGGUGGCUAUUCGAGCAAUGCCUCCUCGAAUCCCAAGGUAGUCUCCAUGGGUCCCUUAAAGUCUUUUGCUAAUCAUUCAGAAAUGAUUGGUACUACUGCUACAACUGUCAUGACUAAUAAUGUUGCUGCUACUAAGGCUGCGGCUGGUGUAGGUAGUACAACAGCUUGUAAUACUAACGGAUUUACAUUCCCAAUCCUCGAAAACCCGCCAGUGGGGGUGAAGAAGAUGUUCAAUGUGAUUGCAGAACCACCAAGGGACUCAUUAGAGGUGUAUCAACCAAGGAGCCACCCGAGUCCUAAGUCACGAAGAACGAGCUACGAAGAUGACAAUGUACUUAGUGAUGGAAGCUCAGACUUGUUUGAGAUUGAGAGCUUUACUACUACAUCAUACCCUUGUAGGGAUUCAAUGGAUGAUGUGGUUGUCCCGGUUUCGAGCUUUAAUAGUAGUACAAUGAAGAGACUUGGGAUUGUUUGUAGGAGUAACAUGAAUAAUAUUAAUCAUUUGGAUGAAAAUGAAGGCUUAGAUGAGCCUAUGACACCUUCAGUAGCACCAACUGAGUGUUAUGCGCCUAGUGAGGUGAGCAUUGAUUGGAGUGUGACCACGGCUGAGGGGUACGACCGUGCUAGCCUUAGCAACUUCUCGGUGUCAGCGUCGGAAGUAGGGCUAUACGCGGCCAUGAGGCGAGAGUCGGAGAGAAAUAAUGGUGAUGGUGGUGGUGGGGGUGAUCAUCAAGAUAAUAAUAAGAGGAGUAGUAAAGGGGGUGGUGGUGGGAAAGGGAAUAAUAAUGGUGGUGGGUUGUUGAGCUGUCGAUGUGAGAAGGCGGUUAGCGUGGGACCGGGGCCAAUAAAGUGCUCGGCGGAGGGGGCCCCGCCGAUCACGGCGAGGCAUGUGAGUGGUAGGGCAACACAACAGGCUCAUGGAGUAGCAGCCCAUGUCAAUGGGAGGUGGAAAUAGGGAGAGACUUGGGUUGUGUCAUGUAGAAAGGUCAUGAUCUAAGUUUUCUUUUGCCUAUGCCUUUUGCAACAUGAUGAGGAUUUGUCUAGGAGUACUAGUAAGUUGUCCUUAGAUUCAUUUUUAUUUUUAUUCAUCAAUGAUGGCUUAAUAAUUUUCUUAAGAAAAAUGGAUUUUAUCUUUGUGGGAUUAUGUUUUGAUUUUGUCGUUUGAUUAGUGAGUAUUGUGAGUAAUUUGUUUUUGUAAGUUUGUGUGAAUGAGAUAUAGUUGUUAGCUUGUUUUAUGUUUCUAGUGCUUAUGCGUUAAUAGAACAUUUUUUGAGAAAUUGAAUUAUAUUAUUGGUCCUCGUUGAAGUUCAAUCUAUUUACGUUAUGCUUGGUUUAUACUUAUAUAUUACAUUUUGUCUUGCGUUUUAAAAUUUUCUCUCCUCUCUAAUUAAAAGGAC